CAAGAAGACAACAUCAACAUUGAUGAGUAUAUGGAGACUAAUGAACAUGAUGAAUUAAGUUCUGAUGAAGAUUAUGAUAACAGAGAUGUAGACUCUGAUUUCAAUGCAAGCGAUUUUGAAGAUUCAGAAUUAGAUGAGGAAUCAGAUGAAGAGGAGACUUGUAAUUACAGAUUAGAUGAAACAGAUAAUCCAUCAGAAGAGAAAUAUUAUGUUGUGUCAGAAAGUGCACUCUCUCAACUUUUAUCUGUCUGUAAUGCUUGUAAUGGGAAAAGUGUCCCACUUGUAGAAUACAGCAAAGGUUCCAUGAUAUCUACAGUUCCUACAUGUGAAAAUGGUCACAUCAACAGAUGGCAGUCACAGUCAACACAUAAGAAAAUGCCAUGGUUUAAUUUACAUCUUGCAAGUGCAAUGCUUUUAAGUGGGAACAGCAUAUCAAAAGUUUUAAUGCUUUUCAACCAUUUGAAAGUUUUAGUCCCAAGUUCCCACACUAUUUCCCGUCUUCAGUCCUGUUAUAGUAUUCCUGCUGUCAUAGAAGAAUUCUAUUUACAGCAAGCAGAAUAUUUUGAUGAUUUGCGCCAGAAACCUCAUGUUGUUCUUGGAGGUGAUGGAAGAUGUGAUUCACCUGGUUACAGUGCAAAAUACUGUAGUUACUCACUGAUGGACCUUGAAACUAAUAAAAUCAUUGAUGUACAGUUGGUCCAGAGUAACGAGGUGAGAGGAUCUACCCAUAUGGAGUUAGAAGGACUUAAACGUGGACUAAGGCACCUAACGGAAUUAAAUCGUGUCCAGGUGCAUGAUCUUGUGACAGAUCGCCAUGUAAUGAUAAAGUCAUACAUGAAGACUGAAAAACCCAAUAUCAAUCACUAUUUUGAUGUGUGGCACGUAGCAAAGGGAAUAUCAAGAAAACUAGAGACAGCUGCAAAAAAGCGUGGUGCUGGCCAAAUCCGUCCUUGGAUUAAAAGUAUCGUCAACCACACAUACUGGGUUGCAGCAUCAAGUGGAAACAAUGGGCAAAUGAAGACUGACAAAUGGAAAUCCUAAAGCAACCAUCUUAUCAAUGUCCAUGAACAUGAUUCUGAGGUCUUUCCAAAAUGUGAACAUGGCCAGUUAGGUGAACCU